AUGUUUAGAAUUUCAAAAAAAGACAAUAUUGAUCUUGAUUCUUUUCGUACACAAUUCUGGCUUGAAGAAAAGAAAUGGUUUGUAACAUUUGAUCAAUGGAUUGAUACUUCAGUUUCAUUUCUAUAUACAAAUCCAUGUUGUACAGAGUAUCGUUAUCCAUUAACAUUUAUGAAAAAAGCAUUAGUGACCGAAUCAACUGGAUUAGUACCAAUGAUAUUUCCACAUACUCAAUAUCUAAUUUUUGAUUGGAAUUUACCGAUGCAAAAAGAACAUUUAUGUCGAUUCACUCAUAUUUAUACAUUACUCAUGGAAGAUAAUCUUGACUUGUCAUUUAAAUUCAUUAACAGUUGUAUUGAUUUAUCACGAAUCACUAGUUUCGUCCAAGGUAGAUCAGAAAAGGAACAAUCAGGUAACGAAUUUGUACACAUUCUUCACAUCCUUCCACACUUACGUUCUCUUUGCUUAAAUAUCUCAACUCUCGUCUUGCUUUUUGAUCGACAUUGGCCACAAAUCAUUGAUCUUAACAUGAAGAUCAAUACUUUUGAUUCGUCUUCUAAAUAUUUAUCAUCGGCCGAAAUCGAUGCAUUUUGGCAUUCUUUUACCCAUCUGAAACAAUUUACAUUUCAUCGUCAAAGUAUUCGAGAUUUAUCAAGAUUAUUCAACAAGAUGACGAUGACCUUAUCGAAUAUAUGGAUUCGUCAUCUUGGAAUUCUCUAUGAUUAUAAUUCUCAACUGACAACACGUCAAUGGCUCGAACAGAAUACAAUAUUGACUGACUUUGAAUAUUUUUGUGACAAUUGGUGGAGUGUUCAUCUAUGGCUCUAA